AUCAAUUAUUUGUUACAGCCACAAUGGAGGAGCCCUCCGGAGCUAGCGUUACCGCUGAUUCAAGUUCUAAACAAUCAAUGGCAUGCGAAGAAUGCAAGCUGAAUCCUUCAAAAUACAAAUGCCCAGGCUGCUCUCUGAGUUCUUGCAGCCUUCCAUGCGUCAAAGCACACAAACAACGGACUGGUUGCACUGGCAAGAGGCAGCUAACUCGCUUCGUUCCUCUAUCUCAAUUCGACGAUAGUCUUCUCCUCUCUGACUAUCACAUGCUUGAAGAAACAAAGAGGGUGACUGAAUCUUCUCGGAGAGUGAGGAUGAAGUUGUGGGGUAAUUCCCACCUUGAACACCCAUUUUCACAUGGAGAUAUUCGGAAAGCUGCUCUAAGUCGGCGAACUAGACUCCUCUUUCUUCCAAAUGGAAUGUCAAGAAGGAAAGAAAAUAGGUCUUCCUUUAAUUACAAGUUGAAACUUAUAAAAUGGACAAUAGAAUGGAGGUUUCAAUCAACGGAUGUUGUACUGAUUGACCACGGAGUAGAUGAAAAUGCUACAUUACGUUCAGUGGUUGAGAAACACUUAAAGCCUGGUCCUUGGCGUCACCAUCUUAGCAAAUUCUGUGAGGAUCCUAUCGAUGAUCUCAAAUUUCUCAUUCGAAAAUUUGCAAAGGGGCGUACGUCAUCUUACCGGGAACUGGACAUCGAUGCUCCUAUACGCCACCAAUUUGAAGAUUUAGUAAUUCUUGAGUACCCCAUGAUCCAGGUUUAUCUCCCUUCUGUAACCACCUUCGAAUCGGAGGUUAUAAAGGACAAGCCUUAUAAUAAGCCAAAAACGGAGGUACCUGUUCAAGAAAGUAGUGAUAUGCCCAGCAGCCCAAAAGGUGUAACAUUUAAGGAGGAAGAAAUACAAGAGGAAGAAUCUCCAGUUGUUGUUCCUAUUCAAACACUAGAUAAUGAUACAUCAGAUGAGCUGGUUCUGACUGACUUGGAUUUUGGUUUGGACCAAGGGUUGAUAGAUUUGUAUCCUUACCUUGUUGGCUUAGAUGAUCCGAUUGAUACUGUUGAAUUUAAUGGUGUGCUGAUUGAUAGAGCCGAUAUGAACCAUAACAACUAUGUCAUUGAUUCUGGAGUUGCAAGACCGACGAGCCAAGGUGAUGAAGCAGAGGAAGGAGAGAUACCAUUCACUUGAAUGGCCAUUCUUGUGCUUUUUUGAUUGUUCGAAAACAUUUGUGUUUUCCGUUUGGAAUGAUUACUCUUAAAACUAAACACUAAGGGAUGUUUAUUAAU